AUGAACUCGAAAGGAAAACGAUCGUCUAUUUUGAAAAAACAGCAACAGCUACCAUCCACCGAUGGGCGUGUUAGUCCCGUAGCAUCGCUACCCAGCGCCCAAUUUAAGAGCAGUAGAAAAAUAGAAUUUCAUCGCAAAAAAUCCAUCAAGGAAUUUCUGGUCGGUGAGGAUGUGGACACUAUCUGGGGGAAUUCGUACGAAGUUUCCACCGACGGUACUCCGUCCAGUGGGUUCGAGGACGCCACACUAGCAAACAGCAGCUGCCGAAGUACGACGGAUGAACAAAACAAGGAAAACCAACCUUCCUCGGUGGACAAUUCGGUGCGACGCAACUCCAUCAAUACCACCAACACCAGCUGGGAUCUAUCGAUCACGAUAGCGGACGAAGAGAAGCGAAAAAUACGUAGCGAAACAUCAGCAGUUUUCUCGCAGAGCCUUAACACGACCGAACGACUGCUGGUGGAACCGUUUGGGACACCGCAGGUUCCUACCGAUAAAGUUAAGCUAACAUUGAACGGUUUGCAUGGGGACAUUAACGACGUGCAGGCAAUGGAUAUAAGUCCAAUCAAAUCGAACAUCAACCCGUCGCCAAGAAAACUGAUCUACACCUUCCCGAAACAGGGCAUGUUUGUGGAAAUUAAUGAUGUUCCAGAAGGGAACCUAGCUGAACAAAAUGUCGAGGAUGCUUCUUUAAGCGCACAUCAACGAGAAAAUCCCGUACGACCAUCGUGGCGCGCCGGAUCAUCUGCGACGGGUAGUCAGUCGGCUCUUCUAGGUGGCAGCUCAUACAACGUAUCAGAAACCUGGAAUUCACACCCGCAGGCAAUGUUCCGGCAAGGUGGUCACACACGCGUAAGCGGAGACCUUGGUAACGUUAGUUCCGACGUGGAUACUACGAUCGCUCUCACAAACGCCAUGACGAAGGUGCUUCAAUCACGUUCGAACGAAUCGAUUCAGAAAGCAACUAAUAUGGAACUGGACGAGUCGACUACCACACUACCGACAAACGCGCUGGCGCGUGCUAGACCUUCAUUUUUACCAUCUAACCAACGUCCAGUGGAUGAAUCACAGGAUGUACUCGAACAAACGCCGACAAACGUUAAACAGACGAGAGCCACAUUUAUAUCAGCUGGUUACACAUGCGAAGACACACAGUCGGCAGAUAUAUCUUCGCCAGUGGAAGGGCAUGUACAGCGCGAUAGCUUGUCCCUCGAUAAUCUUUCCAUUUUGACCGAUAUGAAACAGACCGAGGCGAAUGAGGAAAACACAAAUAAGAUCGGCUUUGUGCAACAACAGUUCGAAGUAGACAAAUCUUCAGCGGAGUGUAAACGGGAAGGUAUUCCGAUAGAUUUUGGUUUGUCUAGUUUGAGUUUAAACCUCCUACCGAGCUCGCCUGAGGUGCCGGCGGUUGUUAAACCAAGAAUAUUACGCCCUACCCUACCAUUAAGUAUGCUGGAAGCUGCGAAAGACGUGGAUGAAAGUAAGAAAACUGAUACAAAAGACGAAUACGAUCGCAAUCGAUCGGUAAAGCGUACCCUCGGUAUGGUAUCAAGUCAACGGGAAAAGGCUAGCUGCGAGAAUCUUAAAGAAACGGAAGUCGCCACUAAGAAAUCGCUAGUGGCCAUGGACAUCUCAACUCGAAGGCACACUAACAAACCAUCGCUAACUACGGUCCAUUCGAGAACGACAGUUGAUAUGGUGGAAUCUCCUGCACAGUCUAAGAAGGACUAUCGCUCUCAAACAAUUUACCAAUCGCAUGACAUCGAUAUCGAUCGCGGGAUGUUGCAAGGGCAAAACUCUUCAAAGCAACGCCAUCGCGGAACUGUUCUGUGUGAUGAGGAAAUGGAGCUUACAACUCACGUUUCUGCAGUUGUUAAAUCAUCUACCAAUGCUACAAGACGGACCGAUCACGUGCCUGAACCGGUACAGGAUGAAACGACACAAAUACAACACACUUCGGAUAGAAUGAAGCGAGGAACGGUUCUUGGGACAGUCCCGAUCGACGAUUCCACCGACUGUUCUCCGCAUUCACCAGAGACUGCGCUCAAAAACUAUCGAAAAACUUUAUACCCGUUGGAUAGAAUGAAAGAAGACGUUUCGGUUGUACCUCCAACGAAAGAUUCUGAUCGUAAAACGAUAAUAGGUGAUGAGAGCAUGGUACUAGACGUGUAUCCAGCAACUUGCGUUAAAGCUGGUUCUGAUUCUUCAAUUUCAUGCGUUGUGUAUGGCCGAAAUGUGGACGAGCUCUCCAUUCACGCCACACACGGAAACAAUGCUGUGGAUAUGAAAUUUGCUCAUCCAACUAUCUGCCAGCCGGAACCGUGUGAUGAAUCUGCUCAGAUUGUGUCUGGUCGUCAAACCUUAAUGCAGGAGGAAAAUAUGGUCCUAUCGGCAGGAGCUGUAAGUGCAAAAGGUAGAAGACAGCGCUUUACGACGCAUAUUGCACAUUCGAUGGAAGAGGAUGAAAAAUCCACCGUUAAUCAGAAAAAGAAUGACACUACACCUUCACUGCAUCCUUCACGGAAAAGUAUCUUCAAUGCGGAAGAAAUGGAGCUAACGUUAGUGCAAAAAUCUAACACGAUGGCUCUACCCGAGCCGUUCGAAAAGCAUGCUGAUCAGGAAUGUAUGGAUCUUCAUAAAACCCACCGUGAAGACGGCAAGGCGCACUUUAUUCAAUCGCACCCGCAGUCAAGAAUUCCUAGACUAACAACCCACGUUCGAGAGGAUAUGCAGGACAUUCAGCGCGAGCAAAGCCGACCAAGACACUCCAUUUACGAACGGGAAGAUAUGGACGUUACAAAAUUAGACGGCGCUACAGCCAUAAAUGAAACAUACCCCGAUGAUCGUUCGAGUGCGAAACUGCAAGAGAGCAAAGAAAAGAAUUCGACUAUUCAUGCAACAAAUCAACAUAAGUCAAGAUCUUCUAUCUACGAACAUGAGGCCAUGAACGCUACUAAUAUUUGUGAAGAUCAACGCGUUGAAUCCCAUUGUCCCAUUGCCGACCAGGAACCGAUAUGGAUGCAAAAUGAAGACAGAACCAUAGCUGCCUGCGAGACCCACUCCAAGAGUGCUCGAAUUGGUUUUACCGACAUGGAAAUAGAGCAACCAGUAAUACAAACUGAACCGAAAGAAAGCACGUAUCGGAAAGAUGUGACGACGUUUACGCACAUUGGCUGUGCCGAUGUGGUCGGCGAGAUGCAACACGAUGUUACGAACUACAAUACAUUUUUGGAACACCAUGAAUCGUCUCACGGAACGCAAGUGCAACGAGCUUCUGCUGCACACCAUACUGACCAAUUGCAAUUGGGGAAAACAUUCAAUUCUACACGGUUAUCGAAAGCAUACGAAAACGAUAGUGUUUCUAAGUCGGUCAUUCCUUCGAGACUGUCGUCCUAUCAGAUAGAGGCAAUGGAUGAAACUAAUACUCCUGACCACACAUCAACGUCAAAUGCUAGGCAGACUAAUUUCUCAGAGAGAAAGACUUUUUCCAAUGCUCGUUUCGAUUCUCCGAUGCACAUGUCACCGGUCGGUGGCAACAGCGGUGGCAAAUCAACACUGGGACAGUACUCCAGACAAACGAGCUACUAUCCCGAAGAAAUGGAAAGUGCACCGACGGCAGGACAGAAGAAAGCGGUGGCUGAUCGUAAAACAUGCAUCGAGUCUUUUAGUUUCCGACAAUCGGAACUGCAAAGAAUCGCACUACAGAGUAAUGCAAUCGAUAUGGAAGGUAUUUCGGUGCUCGAGAGUGAUCCAACUGAUUCGAAACUGGAAAAGUACGUUACGGUACAAGGGCAAGCGACAAACUACUUCCCGAGCUGUACCUCGAACGAGGUGGAAGGGAAUAUGAUGCAUUCUGUAGUAGGGACUAUGGAAAUGCAACCCAAAGGACUCCCAAACAAUCGUUUGUCCGUUUAUGAUGCAGCGGCUAUGGUGGAGGAAACAGUGCCGAUUAAUACCCUUCGGCUAAAACAAGGACAUUCAUCAGCACUGGAACGCCCUGAUGGUGUUACAAGCAAAGAGCGUAAGAGCAACAAUUGUAUGGAUGAAACGAUCGUUCCGGAGAACAUACGGGUGGAACGCGAUGCGAAAUAUGACAUCCACCAAUCUGGCAGCCGUGUUGAUAGCACGGUAAAUGCAUCGCCUGUCGUGUGUAUUGCGGAACAUCCUCCCAUUAUGGGUCAGCAUCAGCCAAACGGUCGUGGUACACUAUAUGGCACUGAAGAAACCAUGGAACUGGGGACAGCAAUGUCCAAAUUGACCAAAUCUUUGCAAGACAAAAGAAAUAGACAAACGAUUCAUCAACCAGCCAACAUGGAUUUGACCACAGUCGGCCGAGAGAUUGCGACACCACCUCCACCGCAGGUAUUUUCCCAACGCGAAACGAUCUACAAUGUGCGAGCGAUGGAAGAAACUCCUCCGCACGGUGGUUUUAAUUCGGUAAAAGCCACUAACGCUAACAAGCCGAGUCCUUCUGAGCCAGGGCAACAAUCGGUUAUUGCCGAACGACCGAGUCAGCGAGGUCAGCGACAGACAAUUUUGAUACCACAGGACAUGGAUGUGGAGGAAGGAGAGCAGGAACAAGCUGAUGAAGAACAACAAUCAUUCGCUUUUUCUAUGCUGCCACGGGAAUCAACUGAGGAUCGCGUUCCUCGUUCUGCGUCCAUACUACCGAGGCACGCAUUCUUCCGCGAUCCAUCAAUGGAUGCAUUUCCCGAGAUUACAAAAUCUGGCCCUAAGAUGGAGAGACAGUCAUUGCAGACGUUUCAUCGGAAAAUCAUACCCGUAAACGAUACGUCCGCAUUUAAGACACACGAGAUUAGUGACAUUUCGUUGGCUACCACAACGAUGGAACCAGAGGUACCGGGCAUUGGAAACAUCACCGGUAUGAUGAGUAUGCGCGAGAUUACGGAACCCCUAUCGCUUGCAUCGCUCCAAGAGCAGUCCAAUUCGGUUUCCGUUAUCUGUCGAGCCGAUGGUCCACGGAAUGGCCCUGUUUUCGACAAGGAGCAAAAGGAUCUACACGAUCAUACAGUUAGUGUUGAGGCGAUGGCCUUUGUACCGACGCGCCAAACAGGUGCAAGUGACGACGAAUUCUACGAUGCUGAAGAUGAUCCAGCGGUGGAACAUGAUCACGAUCCUCUUUCACUGACAAAGUCCCGUCACCUUACGAUGAAGUUUAUCGAUGUAGGACACUUGGAACAGACGAAUUAUAACACUACGGUACCGGUACUGGGUCCGGUCACUGCAUGUAAGCGUGCUCAUGCGCAAGUGCUUAGCUCACCGGUUAUCAAUCGUGCUACCGAGGCGGAUCAGGAUCCACUUCAAAUGACGACGGAACGACAAACACUGCACGUAAACAUGGAGCAUACACCGCAAGGUCCAAACAGGAAGCGUCCACGAACAUCCUGCACAAUACCUGCACCCGAGGAUAUAUCAACUGAAGUUGCUGCUGCUGCUGCUGUCGAAGAACCAUCACCGAUUGAGGAAGUCAUUGUUAAAGAAGAACGAGAAUCGCUUAUCAAAGCUAAUCGCAUAUCCCAGACAAUUAUUCACGAUCCGUCCGUGUUCGUGAUGGAAGAACAGGAUCUUCUGGACGAUGAAUCCGAUCUUCCGUGUACUUCAAUGACUGAAGAACUGCAGCCGGAUAGUUACGAACAACCCAGCCCCAAGCAAUCUACCACACCACCGCCCUCAUCGACAUCACAACCACCAGUGUGUAUGAUAACGGAACUGUCCUACUACAAAAACUUUGCCAACUUAACGAUCGAUUCGUAUGAGGAAGAACGAUUAACACCAUCACCAGGCGACGUAGGCGAGCUGGAAGGGCAAGAAGAUGCCCCACAGGUUGAUGGCCUCGUUGCGGAAUGUAUUUCCCUUAGUGAUGAAGAUUCGCUCAACGUUACACCGCCAAAGGUACCGCUUUCGCUCGACUACAAAGGUGGCAAUCAGCAAACGGACGAGGUACUCGAUUCCACCAUCGCCAGCAAAAUUAUGUAUCAAAUCCGGCAGACACAUCCAGUUGUGAAGCAUUCUUGCUGCGGUAUGCAGACGGAGUGUCUGUGCCGGAUGUGGAAAGACCUUAAGCGACAUCAGGAAAUGUCCGAUUUGGUGUGGAAUCGAUGGUGCACCAAGUAUGAGGCGAUCAAGCAGCGAAUUCCCAAGGUAUCGCACGAAGAACAGCAGACCGAUCCGCAGCAACGGGAUGAGGAGCAUCGAUCCGACCGGGUAACGCUGGAAGAACAAAUUGAGGAGCUGAAUUGGCGGUUGCUGCGUGCGAAGGUGGAUGACGAUUACCUCUUCGUAAAGGGUGAGCUGAGCAGGGAGGAUUUAUCGAGACGCAGAAGUAGAACGAUUGUCAGCGGACACUAUCCGGAAACGCCCAGUGCUGUAUUUUUGGUGGACAAUUUUAGAAGCUAUCUUUCGGAACAAUUGUACGUAGACAACAGUCCUCCGUCAGGUGCAGACCGACCAAGGGUUCCUCGCAUGACACAACUGAUUGCGAAUAAACUUUCCACGGAUACGGGUACCCGUUGGCUGUUGGACUGUUCGGAGGAUGGCGAUGGCGUGCUCCUACUACGACAUCGUACCCUGCGCAGUUUCUUCAUAUCGAUACAACUGCAGCCACCACGAAGCAAACCCGGAAAGAUGGUCCGGGAGAUCACCGAAAGCUGGCGGCUGGAACGGAUACAGGUGUGCGAAUGUAUGGAGGAGUACGUACACUCUCCCAAGCUACUGCUAGCGCACGUCGAGUUUAUGCGGCUAGCACAGGAAACGACCGAGCGAACACUCCGAUCAACGUACCGAACGGUUGCGGAUCUGAUGGGCUUGUGGCAUCACUUCCACGAGCUGAUAGUGCGGGUAUUUGAUGCCGUGAACCGACUAGUGACAAUCAUCCGCAACAACGAUGCACUGUUGUGUUACGAUGCUCAAAUGGAACGGUUUCAUGUGAAAAAGUGCGUGUACCGUGCUCUCGAUGAUGAGGUAAACACACUGCUCGUUCAUUUCAACUGGAUCGCAAGCAUCGGUGCAUCGGGAGUGAGCUUCAAAUGGCCCACUGCAGAACUUAACACACUUCUUCCCACGUCAACCGGUGCCAAUCAACACACGACCGCUCCCGGUAGUUUUAUGCAGAGCGUUGGGACGAACGAAAAAGCGGGACUCAUGUUCCUGGAGUGUUUACUGUGGAACGUGGCAAAGCACUACGAAACGUAGCACAAACGUACGCUAAUCGAUCUAACAUGAAUCCGUAUAAAAUGCAAUUUUAAAUAGUGAAUAUAUUUUAAUGCUUUACUAUUCUUAUUCAAUCUAAACUAAAUCAAUGCGUGAUUCGGCAAAUAAAUGUUGUU